AUGGCAUUAAAGAGAAUCAACAAGGAAUUGUCCGAUCUGGCUCGUGACCCACCUACAUCUUGCAGCGCAGGACCAUGUGGCGAAGACCUUUUCCAUUGGUCUGCAACUAUUAUGGGACCCAAAGACUCACCAUAUGAUGGAGGUAUCUUCUUUUUAAAUAUUCAUUUCCCAACGGACUACCCAUUCAAGCCACCCAAGAUCAAUUUCCAGUCCAAAGUUUAUCAUCCAAAUAUCAACGCUAAUGGCAGUAUUUGUUUGGACAUUUUGAAGGAACAGUGGAGUCCAGCAUUGACUAUCCCCAAGGUAUUGCUUUCGAUAUGUGCCCUUCUUACAGACCCCAACCCAGACGAUCCUCUGGUGCCAGAGAUUGCCAACUUGUAUAAAACAGACAAAGCGAGGUUUGAGGCGAAUGCAAAGGAGUGGACCCGCAAGUAUGCGCAGUAG